UAUUUAGAUCGCAAUAGUUCGAGCAGUUGGAGAUGGUCGUUGAUGGUCGUCGACGGCGGUGAUACGCGUUUACCUAAGGUCUGACGUUAUAUUCCGUUUAACAGUUACGUUGAACAUUGACAAAUUGCUGUUGAUGACGUUAUCCUUACUAUCAUCUCUCCGGUCUCGACAUUGAUACAUUCCGUGUCUAUAUCUUCCAUCGAAGGACCAUCAGUUAUUGUGUAUUCAUAUUAUAUACAAGUCCGAUCGAUCAACUUUUUCAAUUUCUCAAAGCAUAUUUUUUGCCUGAUCACUGAACGUAGAGAUAUUACGAUCAUGAGCGACUUACAUCUUGGACCUGAUUCUCAAAAACCGCCACAAGUAAAAGGAAAGGCUCGCUUAUAUAGUAUGAAAUAUUGUCCUUUUGCUCAUCGAAUUCGUUUGAUACUUUCUUAUAAAAAAAUUCCACACGAUGUUGUUAACAUUAAUCUAAAGAAUAAGCCCAAAUGGUAUUUGGAGGUACAUCCAGACGGAAAAGUACCAGCGUUUGUUGAUGUAGAUGGUAAAGUAGUCGUUGAUUCGUUAGUAAUAGCAGAUUACUUAGAUGAGAAAUAUCCUGAACCACCUUUGUAUCACAAAGAAACGAAAGUUCGUGAUUUAGAGUUGUUAGACCACUACUCCAAGCUUGUUGGCAUAUUUUCCAACUGUAUCCAUGGUAAUGAUAACAGGCCGAUCAAUGAGAUUGUCGCUGAAAUUACGUCUUUAUUGGUAGAAUUUGAAGAGGAACUGAAAGCUCGUGGCACUGUCUAUUUCGGAGGUUCUCAACCUGGUAUGUUAGAUUUAUUAAUGUGGCCAUGGGUUGAACGAAGGAAAUCUCUGUCUAUAAUUUAUGGAGAACCUACAUACUUUAACGAUGGGAACUUCACACACCUGAUGAAGUGGAUGCAAGAAAUGAGAGAGCAACCGUUCGUACAGGACAACGAAUGUAAGCACGAGAAAUUUGCCCAGUUGAUCAAAGAUAUGAAAUCAGGUGACGUUGACUUCGACAGGAUUUAAAUUUGCUGACGUUACGUGAUAAUACAUGACAGUAAUUCCAUAUGUGAUAAUAAAUACUUAAACCUUUACAAUAUGUUAGGCGUAUACGUACUUAAUUUAGAUUCUAAUAAUUUUAAAUAAUCAAAAUAGUUCGCGCGCUUCGGUAGAGUCAGAGAUAGUAAUACAGGCACGAACUCUCUUGAUUGUUUAACAAUUAAUAGUUAUACAGAUGUACGCAGUAUUAUAGUAUUUGUUUAAUGAAACUUGCGAAGUUUAUUAUCUAAAUAUAUCGUACUGCGUUUGCUUGCGAUUAAAAAGUAUUAUUAUAUAAAUAGGUAUAAAAUUGAGCUUUGUAACGCAUGCCUUCUAUUAUGACAAUAUGUACUUGUGAGCCUAGUUAAAGCACCGCUCCUGCCUUGUCAGACGUGCUGUGAAAAUCAUGUUGUGAUAAGAAAACCGUAAAUAUGUAAUUUAGUCGAAGGACGUUGGCUCUUUUUAUGUUCACAAUACUAUUGCAUUAUGCUACUUUAAAACAAACAUAAUUUUCGUUUUUACAUAAGACAUAUCUCGUAUAAAAAAUGUAUUUAAAUUACUGGCCAUAUUUACAAAGGAUUGUAUCCUACAGAAAUGGCGUCACAGAAAUUCUCUAUGACUAGGGUCGCGUAAUCAGUGAAAUAAUAUAUACGAGAUCGAUACCCACGA